AUGUCAGGCUUAACUACGCCUAAAAAACGCACAUUAUCAGACCGUCUGGAGAGCAAUGGAGCCUCAGACUCGAUACCAUUUGAAGAUCAACAGGAAAUGAUCAAUGCCGUCAUCUCAGUAUUGCAAUGCCCUGAAGAGAGAACCAAUGUGUCUGAGGUAUACUCCAAUACUAAAAAUUCAGCCACUGAAGUUCAAGCAUACGCCAAGAUUGCUGGUAGAGACUGGACAUAUUAUGUCAAGUCGCUAGCUAUAUCAAUUGGUAGAAAUACCGAGAUAACCAAUGGCAGCCAGACGUUGAUUCCCAACGGACCCCUCAUUGAUAUCGACUUGGGUCCAGCCAAAAUCGUGAGUAGACUGCACGCUACAAUCACGUACAACUUAGAUAUGAGAUGCUGGGAGUUGAAAGUGCUUGGGAGAAAUGGUGCUAGGAUUGAUGGCCAGAAAGUGAAUGUCGGCACACAAGAAACUAACGCAUUGCAUUCAGGUGCCAUCUUGGAUGUAGGGGGAACACAGAUGAUGUUUAUAUUACCCGAUUCCCCGCCAACCGUGGCACCGAAAAUGCUUGAAAAAUGUCUCGCCAAAAUCAAGGAAAGAGAGAAGAACAAAAGACAAAGUGUAGGAACCCCGGCACUGUCACAAAAUGGCAGGCUGCAAAUGUCAUUUACGAAUUAUUCCUUGCACGAUCCUUCAAUUUUGCCCCAUUCCCCAACAUCGGUCCAAGCCAGUUCAUUGCAACAGGAACUUGAUAAUGAUUUGUCUAAAGACGAGUCCAAAGAUACAAAGCCGCCAUAUAGUUACGCAACAAUGAUCACUCAAGCUAUUCUCUCCAAUCCCCAUGGUGUGAUGUCACUAUCGGAUAUCUACAAUUGGAUAUCCAGUCGUUAUGCAUACUACAGAUUUUCCAAGACAGGUUGGCAGAAUUCCAUCAGACACAAUUUAUCACUCAAUAAGGCAUUUGAAAAAGUACCGCGAAGACCCAAUGAGCCUGGUAAAGGAAUGAAGUGGCAGAUAGCCGAAUCGUAUAAGGCAGAUUUUCUCAAUAAAGUGAGUGAUGGAACAAUCUCGAAAACCAGACGCGGCUCUUCGGUGUCACGUCAGUUAAGUCUACACUUGGCGACGCACAAGUAUUUGCCGGAUGGUCAAUCGCAAGCUACAUCGCAAAAUCAGUUGCAACAACAAUAUCAACCACUCCAGCAACCACUUCAAACUACAGGCAUACAGGGUCAGUCUCAACCUGCCCAACCUUCCCAAUUGCAUCCUCAACAACAGCAACAGCAGCAACAGCCAAUUCAACAACUGAAAUUGGGGUACUAUGACCAACAACCGCAAGAUGCUAAAAAUUUCAAUUUUGUAAACAACACGAUGCAGUCACAUCCUUUGAGCUAUAUGACACAACCCAAUGUUUAUAUGCCGAAUAACAACAGAGGUUACCCAUACGUUGCUCAACAACCAAUCCCACCUCAUCAACAGCAUCAACCAAAUGCGUUUUAUCUGCCCAUUCAACAGCCACAGCAGCAACCACAGCAGCAACCACAGCAGCAUCAGCCACAGCAGCAUUACCAAUUGAAUACUGGACUCAAUAAGCCACCAUCAAUGUCUAAUUACCAUCAUACAAUUGCACCUUCAGCGGGAAACGCAACAAAAGGUCUCCAGUCAGGUAACAGCACAUUCAUGCAUUCAAGAGACUCUUCGUAUACAACCUCAAAUAAUUUGCAGGACAUGUCUCAACUUAACUCAUUUCAAUCCACUCAAAAUGACUCUCUCUCCUCUAUACCAUCAAUCCCGGCAAAUACUAGUCUUGGUGGUGGUAUGGGAAGUGUAGGAGCGUCUGGUAUUGGAACAGCAACAACCACGGCAGCGCCGGUAAUUGGUCCAGAUGUAAAUUCUUCGACGGCUGCGGCUGAUGUCAUUGCAUCCUUUACAAGCCCCAAAAAAAUAUCAGCGUUGGAAGCAUACACACCUGAUCGUGGAUCUGGAAGACAGCAAAACUUGCUGAAACUUGGGGGGAAUAAGAAUUUGGGUAAUUCAGAUGGAGCGAAUGGUAAAGCUAGAUUAGCAACGCAAUCGCGACAGCAAUCUCAUGGUGGGCAGAGUAGCUCGGAUCACUCCGGUCAGUCUGGUCAGAACGAAAAAAACUGCCAAAAUGGCCAAAACGGCCAAAACAGCCAAAACAGCCAAAGCAGCACAAACAACCAAAACGACUCAAACGGACAAAACCUGAAUCAUCACCAGUCAAGUCCUGCAUUUUGGAACUUUGUACAGUUUAGUACUCCCAAUGGUCAACAAUCACCAUUGCGAAAAGAGGGUCAUGAAAAUGAUGAUGGCAAUGUAAGAGGUGGAGGUAAAGGACGAGACAACGACGAUGGCGAUGGCGGAGAUGAUGAUCUUGGAGAUCUUGAUGCGAGUCCGGUUAAUGGCAGCCCUACAAUGAAUAGAAAACAUAAUGUGACGGGUGGUACCUCAAUGAAGAAAGAAAGCAAGCCACUUAGCGUCGAGGAUCACAAAUCCUCUCCUUUUAAAAACGACCAAAGAGCUGGUGUUGUUGAUUCGUGA